AUGUCAAUGGCAAGGAGAUCGACAUCGAGUAGCUGCAGCCUCUUCUUCAUCGUGGUGGUUCUGCUGGUGACGGCGCUUUCGACACAUCAUGUUAACGCCGGCAGAGCACUCCGGUCGGGUGCUUUGCCCAUCGCUGGAUGCGACCAAGUCGACGGAGGGGAAUCCGGUGCCGGUAUAGCUUCAUUCGUAGCCUCUUCAAAUAAUUCUAGCGGCGGCAAUGGCGACGACUAUUCAGUUUCGUUGCGGGGAUUGAUGUUUAGGUUGGCUUCUGGGCCUAGCAAAAGAGGCCCCGGCCAUUGA